GCGGCGGGCGGCGGCGGGGCUGAGCGGAGCUGAGCCGGGCCGAGCCCGGCCGGGCCCCCGCCCGCGGCCCCGCAUGGCGCGGGCCUGAUGUCGGAGCGCGGCCCGGAGCCGCGGCGGCGCUGCGGGAGCAGGAGGAGGAUGGCGGGGCUGGCGUGGAAGUGGCCGCGUACCCGCCUGCCCGUGGGCGCCAGCGCCCUGGGCGUCUUCGUCCUCUGCUGGCUCUACGUGUUCCCCGUGUACCGGCUGCCCGACGAGAAGGAGAUCGUGCAGGGGGUGCUGCUGCAGCAGGGCAAGGCGUGGAGGAGGAACCAGACUGCGGUCGCCCUGUUCAGGAAGCUGCUGGAAGAAUGCUGUGACCCUGGCCAGCUCUUUGCUAUGACUAAGAUGAAUUCCCCCAUGGGAAAGAACCUUUGGUUUGAUGGGGAAUUUUUAUACUCUGUCACAAUUGACAAUGCAACUUACUCUCUCUUCCCACAGGCUACUCCCUUCCAGCUGCCACUGAAGAAAUGUUCCGUGGUGGGAAACGGUGGGAUCCUGAAAAAGAGUGGCUGCGGCAGACAAAUAGAUCAAGCAGAUUUUGUCAUGCGGUGCAACCUUCCUCCUCUAUCCAGUGAAUACAGCAAGGACGUUGGAUCCAAAACCCAACUGGUGACUGCAAACCCCAGUAUAAUUCAAAAAAGGUUCCAGAAUCUGCUGUGGUCCCGAAAAGCCUUUGUGGACAGUGUGAAGGUCUACAACCACAGCUACAUCUACAUGCCAGCCUUCUCCAUGAAAACAGGGACAGGACCCUCCCUGCGUGUCUACUACACCCUGGAGGAUUUCGGUGCCAAGCAGGCUGUCCUGUUUGCCAACCCCAACUUCCUGCGGGACAUCGGCAAGUUCUGGAAGAGCAAAGGCAUUCACGCCAAGCGCCUCUCCACGGGGCUCUUCCUUGUCAGCGCUGCCCUGGGGCUGUGUGAGGAGGUGACAAUCUACGGCUUCUGGCCCUUCUCGGUGGACCUGCAUGGGAAGUUCAUCAGCCACCACUACUAUGACAACGUCCUGCCCGACUCCGGCUUCCACGCCAUGCCCGAGGAGUUCCUGCAGCUUUGGUUCCUUCAUAAAAGCGGUGUACUGAGAAUGCAGCUCGAACCUUGUGAGGACCCUCUAACCCAGCCUUCAGCCUGAGGAUCAGAGUCACUUUGGGAGAUCAGGAGUUUUUAAUUUCCAUGCUGUCCAACAGAGAGUUCUGGUUUAUGUUGGUUGUUUUUAAAGGGAUCUGCAUGGACCAUAAAAAUGCUACUUGAAGGCCAAAUGGAAUAUGUCCUUCUUGUUUAGUGCUUUAUGGAACUGGGAGAGCAUGAGUGUAUCUCUCCAUCAAGUCCAUUCAGCAGUGGUGGGGAAAAAAUGUCAGAAACAGCACAGCUAAACUUUCCAGGGACGUUUUUAAGUGACAAGUGUAAAAAGGGCAUUAAGGCUCAGAGAGUAACCGGGCCACUCAUAAGCUUUUCCUGACAGUGCCAAAUAUGACUAUUUCUUCCAAAUUCCAUUUCAUUCCAGAUCAGCACCCUGUAGAACUUUCCUUUUUCCUUGCUUUUUCCCUCUGUUUGGGAGUGUGUGUGUGUAGGACAGCAUGUGUGUGUCAUUGACUCUUUGUUUCUUUUCCUUUUAUUACUUUUAUUUUUGAUGUGUCACCCCCUCCUCCGAGGAAGGAGAAGGAAGGGCUUAUAAGCCCAAGGGGCUGAGCACCAUCAGCUCCUCUGAAGACUCUUGGGAGAGUGAAGGUGCUAAGAAUCUGGUUAGAAUGUCAUAGGAAUGCCUUGCUGCUGGGGACAGAUAGACCUCUGUGCUGUAGGUAUUAUCAGGAUGGUUCAGGUCACUGCACUUACAGCUAUGCCAGUGCUGUACUAUGGGCUAGAGCUGGUUAAGGAAAACUGGUCUGAAAAGAAAGCAUGUCACAAAACCAGCAGUGAAGUGCAGCCUGGUUUCAGUGACCUGCUGCAAGAUCGCUGCAGUGACUUUCAUAGCAGGGAUGGUUCCUGACCUGUUUUUCUAUCCAGCCUUAGGGAUUAAUUCUGUAUUCAUUUGGACUCCAGAUGCUCAUGGACUGUUGAGGGUGUUUGAGGGGUUUAGUGGAAUGUAGAAUGAGGUUCUUCAUGUGCUUACAGCAGGAAAAUUGCAGAAAUGAAUGUAAGUGUCAUUUAAAAUUAGUUGAAGCUUUGAAAAUCGUUUCUCUGCGUGUGACUUGCUCUUCUGCUUGGAUUGUAACAUUAGCCUUAAAGACUCGUACUUCUCACAUGAGAUUGUCUCUGCUUAAAGAGAGUCUGGGAAAUAAAACAGCCUUUGGGAGCGCCGAAAAGCUGCACAGCCAGCAAGAAAAAGGAAAAAAGAGAAGGGCAUGCCUGAUGCAAGGCAGCCCUGCUCACAGUGGUGAAUCCUGUCAGUGUGCACAGUGCCUGAAGGACUGUUUUAUUUUGGGUUAUUACUUGGGCAGCAGAUGGUCCUCUCACUGUGGAAAUGAGAAAUUGUUUUGUUUGUUUGCUUUGGUUUAGCACUGGAGGACAAGAGGAGAAUCCCAGCUCGGUCUGCAGCACAUUUAAGCUGCAAGAUGUUGCCAGUAUUAACUUGAAAAAUCCAGAUCAGUGUUCUCUUUCUUAUUAUCUUAUUACUGAAAAUCUAGUCAAGGUGUUGGAACAACAAAACUGUCAACAACUUUCCACAACAAUUUCCUGUCCUGUUCUAGCUCCAAAGUUCUAGUAUUUUGGGGGAUGUGUCUUCUCAAGUGUUGAUAAGGUCUCUCCUUGUAGACUACCAGCUGCAAGUUCUAUAGAUAUAAAUAAUUUUUUUUUAAAGUGAAAUCCAUGGCUCUUUAAAUAUGAAUAGUUCAACACUCUGUGUAAGAAACUGGGGAAAAAAUAGUCUUUUUUUUUUUUUAAACCUAUGUUUCAUAAUAAAAAUUUUCCUUUGGAAUAUUGUUGUUCCAAGCAUAAAGUGGGCACUGUUUUGUAGGAUUACGGGGCAGGGCUAAAGGGUAAGGUGGAGAUUUUGGAGUGUUCCAGCUAUUGUUCUGAUAGAACCUGAAUGUACCUCAUAGCCCAUGUUAUCUUUGUCCAUGUUUUCAUUAAAAGUACAGUCAGCACACUGAUGGAACAUCACCUGAUAAUUCAUUCUGUUUCAUUAGUGCAUUAUCUGUGAUGUGGCGACUUGGUGAGGAAGGAUUUGGAAGUAAAAUAUUUUCCUUUCUGCUUGUUAUGGCAGAAUUUGACUGAGCUGCCUUUCUUGGAGACAAAGAGGUGCCUGUAUGGUUUUUAUUGGGUGCAUCAGGUUUGCACUUUUGAGUGCUUUAUAGAUUACAUUAUCUGUGAAAACAACAGUUGGAAUACGAUGUGCUAAAAAUGGCACAUCAGCAGGGUGCCAGUGUUUCCUUGAGAGCAGGAGGGAAUGAGGAGAGUGAGGGGGAACUGCCUCUUUGCUGGUCAUCUUCUGGUGUUUUUACCAGUACUUAGGAAUUCACUUCUGAACCUCUCUUACAGCUCUCCAACUCCUUGGUAAUUAUUUGUUCUGUGUGUUGGGAAAAUAAUUGGAUUACAAGAACAAGUGGUUUUGUAGGAAAACUCAGUCCAGUGUUUCCUAAUGUCUGGCUUGUUCAUGUUCAGCUGGUGCCCUGGGUACCUGGAGGUGCUGUAUUCCCCACCUCGGCAGGACUGAACCUGAGGCCUUUGUGAGCCCCUUCUGGUGUCUGCAGUCCUGAUGUUUGGGAGACAGCUUCCAAGGAAUUGUGGGGGCAGGAGGCACCCAAGCUGUGUGAUGUGCAGCUGAUAAUGGAGAAAUCUAUGGUUCUGGCUCUGUUCACAUCUACACACAGCGAGUAUAACUGGCACACACAGUAUAAGGCAGCCACAUUUGGUGAGGAAGCAAUGGCUUCAAGGGUAAACAAUUUUCUAUAACUUCCAGAAAACUGGCAGUUGAGAAGAGGAGAGAAACAAAAAUAAAUGCCACUUUUAAGAGGCAAGGUCUGGUUUAGCUUGUCAGUCCAUGGAAAUGCUGGCCAGCAAUCAGCCUUUUGCCCAGCAGGUAAAAAGGGAUGCAGGAGAGCACUGCAAGUCUUCUGUGGCAAGAGCAGUCAAAAAGGCAAAACCAAGUAGCUGGGAACAUAAGAGUGGCUGUUCCUGGGAGAGAUGUUGGAGGGAAGGCUCAUCCAGGUGGAGUGUGGAGCUUGCCUUGGGGAUAUCUUGGAGGAGAGCAGUCCAUGUGUAGGACCACUGAAAUAUGGCAUGGCAUGGAAGGGCCUGAGAAUUUAUCCAUCUUCAGGAGGGAGGUCAUUGCUUGUGUUGCUGUAUUUUUAGUGAAGUCUUUUGAAAUCUUAAUAUUUGUUAGUGAAAUUCCCUGCUGCAGCACCUCUAUUUCCACUGCCAGUCCCUGAGUUUCCCUGAUAGUGUACUAAAGCUGCAAAAAUCUGCCAGAUUGAAAGCCACUGCAGUUCAUCAUCAAUAAAGACUGGUUCAGGCUGGCCAAAUGAUUUGUUACUAUUCACAGUUAUUAAUUUUAUCAUAAAGCUGACAAGGGAUAGAAGUACUGGAAUAUUGCUCUGCCUGCGGAGCCAUCAUUGUCCCAUGUUUGUAAGGAGAAUAAAUUGAACACCUUUACAAAGGUAUCCCUCUUGAUACAAUCUUUUUGGGGCUGUAUAUGUUCUUGAGGAAAUCAAGACCAGUUUUUGAACUUGUGACAAAACUAUGUGAAACUUUCCCUCCUUGUUGAUUAGGAAGCCUCUUAGAGCUCUUUCUAGAUCAGACAAGCAAAACAGAAACCAGCAAAGUAAAAUCCUAGAGAAGGGAGUGGGAGGUGUGCUCAUGAGAAUAAAAACAUCUCUAAUUUUGGCACAGACUUUGUUACAGUGCUAAGAACUCUUGCUCAUGAAUGUUGUAUUAUUAUAUUUUUGCUGGAAUUAAGAUAACAAGUUUGGUAUGAGGCAGCUACUAAAGUCAAAUGUCUAAGCCUCUGUUACAGCUGAAGCUUUACAGAAUAUGGAAAUAUUGGCUGUUUUUUUGACUUGACUACUUUCAUCUUUUUGUUAUUUUCCUCAAAAUUAAUGUUGUUUUCUAGGCAGCUGAGUUAGCAUGUCUGUGAUAGCUGAAACUAAGCAAAGCAUCUGUUUUUUGAAACUUAGUGUCCUGAAAUGUGUUAGUUAUAAAAAACCACUCCUGGAAACAGCUUCAUGAAUACUAACCUAGUAUCGGGCUCACCCUUGCCUGUAAUUAAGGUGCAAGGGAACUUUUUAUCUAGAAGUGAGGAAAAUGGAGGAGGUGACAACCAUCUCACCAUUUGCUGCCUCUCUGACUCUUCUUCAGCUUAAUAGAUUAGUAAGUGUUGGAAGAAGUCCAGGUUAUAGGAAGGACAAGCUGUUUUUUCCUGCCACUCCCAUCAAAACGCAGAUAUAAAAUGGACUAGCCAGCUGCUGUCUUGAAUCAUGGCCUCCUUCAAAAGCUCUCAUGGUGGAGUUUCCAUUAGCUGAUUCUUCCAGGUAAGCAAAAUUCAUCAGGCUUUGUCCAGAAAUGCCAGUUCCCCAUCUCCAUGAUUGUUUGUGGGGUAUUCUGGGUACUGUAGCUGUCCUAGUGUGCAGUGACCUCCUCUUAAUGUGGACUUCUCUUUCUGCCCCAAACCAUCAUCCUGAAGGAUCUCUCUUCCCUGUCCUUCCAGAUGACCAUUCCCUUUGGGGAUAGAAGUGUGAUUUAAAAAAUCCUGCCAUAAGGCAGCUAAUAUGUUUUGUAGUUUGAACAAGCUUUUCUUUUAAACUGUUGACAUAUCCACCAAGAGCUCAAAAUAGCUCCAAAUAAAAAAUAUGGCUUCAGCCAGGUGUUGGUAAUUGCCUUACUGGAGAAGAGAGAGAGGAUAGAAGGAUGUGUUUUUCAAGGCAGUUGUAAAAUAAUACCUGUUACCUUGAAUUCCCAUACUUUAUCUCUUGGAAUCUAUCAUAUGUUUGACUUUUUUGUAGUUUCUAAACAGAACAAUUAGUAAAAGACUUGGAGUUCUUUUUGUUAAAUAUUAACAAACUCGUUUCCAUAAGUGGAAUGCAAAGAGCCAACAGGAGGCUUAACCUGUCCUCCCUGGCUAAUAUUUUUUGGCAGCAGUGAGAACAUAAACAGCUACUCAUUCCUCUCUGAUUAUUCAAUUUCAUCAGUUUUUAUUGCAGCAGGCUGAGCCCUGGUGUAUUCAGCCCCUUCAGCUUAAUGCAUGUGCUUUAGAACGAAUUUUGCUCUGCUUUUCAGCUGUUGUGGUGGGGGGAAAAAAUGUGUUGCUAAUUGAAAAUGCUUGGUUUGGUGCAACCAGGAGAGAGGCACUGCCAGGUUCUGGCUCCUUCUGGCCAUUCUGAGUUCUCUGCAGGAGUGUGAAAACACUCCAGCUGUGGCUGUGAGGCCCAGCUGUGCAGGACAGAGCAGGGGCUGGAGUUCUCCCCCUGUGGAAGAGGCUGAUUGUUCCUCGUAGCCACCUCUGUGGCUUUGCCCAGUGCCCAGCAAUGCCCCCUGCCUGGGCUCAGCACCAGGGGAUGCAGCUCCAGGACCAGCUCAUGCCCCCAGGUAUGGCAAGUCCUGUCCUGCUUCACAGUCAGGAGUGCUGGGCUUGCUGGGAAUGGUGGUAGCUCAUCCCUUUGGAGACCAGCCUGCUCCUAGCAGCACUUGAAAUGCCUGGAAAGUCUCAGGAAGGUCCAUUAAAGCUGCAAUUAUUGACUGUACUCCCUCUGCUGUGGGGUCAGCUUUCUGCUGAGCUGAAUAUUUAUUCUGUCGGGGACCCUCUAAAGCAAGGGAACCUUUAGCACUCUGACCAUGUGGAAAUUACUGUGUUAUUUGAGCCCUUCAUCUUCCAAGUUCAACUUUUUUUUUCUCCUUUUAUCCUGGAUUUAACUCCUGUGAGUAAAUCCAGAGUGAGUUUAAGAAAGCAGCACCACUAAUACUGGUUCUCUGGGCUUAUGAAAAAGAUGGUGUUCAAUAAACCACUGGAGUACCUUUUGGACAGUUCCUUCUGAUUUCUAAUUGUAUAUUCAAUGAAUUGUUUCAGUCAGAUGGGACCCAUAGCAGAGACGAGUUGCAUUAUUUUCUCUUAAUUGGAAGGAAACCAUUACAGAACUUUAUUAUAUUUCAAGCUGAAUUCUUAUCAACAACUUAAGGAAUCUUCCUUCUGCAGGAAGCUUUGUUACUGGGUGAUUAUCUUGAUAGUAAAUGAAAAUUCUUCACUGAAAAUAAAUGCAUCAUCUGGAGUUCUGAGACAUCAAUUUGAGUCUCUACUCAGAUAUCUCCAACAAAGAUUUUGGUGUUCUGCAAAAGUGCCAUAAUCGCAACUUAUUUUUUCUUUUGUGCAUGUGUUCUUAUAGGAAAUGCUUGAAAUUUUUUUAAUAAGCCUUCUAUGUGCUGAAAACAAACACUCCUUCAUCAGGAACACAAGUUUCUUUUCGGGUACCCAUUGUAUGCAGAGUAAAAGUGCCAGGAGAUGUCCAGUUUUCAGGAAAAUGCUGGUUUGGAGUAGUCAGGCAGGACUCCUUGGAGCACGUGAGUUGACUGCUGCCUCUUGAGCUGUAGAGUUUGGGCAGAUGAUACAGAGUGAGCUGCACUGACAGGAAAAGAGAGAUUUUAGCCACAGCUCUGCCUGCUUGAUGUCUCCCACUGUGGAGAGGGCCCUUCAAGGACUCUGAUGCUAUAGAUCAGUCAUGUGUUGACUGGUUUUAAAGGCCUGGGCUUUGUACUGAAAGCUACAAGGAGCAUGGAAAUGACUGGGAAUUAUGUCCUUUAGUGUAUUAUCGUUUGGUCACUGCAGGGUUUGGCCUGUUACAAAACUUACACAUAAAAAUCAUUUUAUCUGAGUAUCCAAAAGCCAUCUCACCUGAGUAUGAGACCUGCAUGUAGGAGGAGGUCACUGGAAGGUGACUGCCUGGUGCUGCAGAGUGCAGAAACCACUGUGGUUUUAUUUCUAUCAAUAAUGAAAUCCCCACGGAGGUAAUAUUGGGUUAGGUCAGCUUUCAGUGCUCUUGCAACUCCCGCCUCAUAAGCAUUUCCAAUAAUUGUGCCAUGCAAAGGCAUGAAACAGGAGAUUUUUUCCUUGUUCACACAAGUCACCUUGCAUUGACAGUGGAACAAAAAGUCAGUCAGAGCUCUUACCCCUUUCAGAGGGUUCUGAAGACUCCCUAAAUAAUAGAUAGGCACACAGUUACAUAAAUAUAAACAAAAUAGCCUGAAGUUUGUAGCUCAGAUGCUGGUUAGUAUCUUGAAUAAUUAGUUUCAAAUCAUUUAGAGGGAAAAAAAUGGCAAAAAUUUUACAUGUGAAAAAUAUCCCCCUUUUUUUUUCCUCCUAAAAUGUACUAAUAACUAAAGAAACCAUGUUAAAAGAUAUGGUAAUUUUCCCUGGUUUCCAAUUUAUUCUGCACUUCAAGCUUUGUAUUCAAGUCCAUACUUCUGUAAAGCUUCCAAUUCUAGAUUGUCCCAUAGACUGAAAAAAACAUAAUAAGAAAAAGCAAAACCCAACCAAAAAAAAAAAAAAAAACCAAAACCAAAAGCUUUAUACUCCAAAUGUGGUCUAAAAAGGAAAAAAUAGCAAGGCCAGGACAGGUUCAGCUCUUCUGAAAGCUCUAUCUGCUGACAUUUAGCAGUGGUGGCCAAAGAAGUAGGCAAAGAUCAGAAAGGAGAUGAAUGCACAAAAGGACACAAUAUUUCUGGUAAAGAUGAAGGGAUGGAAGCAUAGAUUUAAAUGCUUGGAACCCAAAGCUGUUAAUUGAUGUUAAGUCUUUACUCUUUUGCUUCUCCUUCUCUCAGUUUUUGUGCUGGGGUGAAACUUGCCCUGUUCACAAGUUGCUUAAAAUUUUCUCUGCACUACACUGAACUUUCCUCUGGCCCUAAACCUAAAAAAUUACCAGAGAGGCAAAAACCACUUCAGGUUUAUCGAUAUUUGUAUGCAGCAUUUUACAUCUUCCUAGUACUUAUUAGUCUAUUAACUCGUAAUUAAAUGAAGUAGUGGAAACUGCUACCUAUCCCAGAGUUUUGAAGUCUUUCUUCCUGUGGUGAUUUCUCUGUUAUGUGAAUGAAGAUUACUUUUAGGUCAGGUAUUGUGAGAAUUAACUCAUGCUUGGCAAUCCAAGUGAAAAACCCAGAGAUUUUAUUAAGCUUAUCUGUUUUGAACAAUGAAAACAAGCAAAUGAACUACCCUUUUUAUCUGAGUGAAUUUAUGCUUUUGUUAGGAAGUAAAAUAGGAACAUUAUGUUCAGGGCACACCUGGAUUGCAGGAAGGGAAGAGCUGUGCAUUUAUAAAGAGAAAAGAAGGUUUUCUCCUCUCAGUCACACCCUUGAAUUUAUAAACCAGAUUCUCUGCUCUCUUUCACUGCUCUGACUCAGUCAAAUCAAUAGAAUUGCCUGGAUUUUAACUAGUUGACUGUUCUCAAACAGGAGGGAAUUCAUCCUAUGAAAAUUUGAAAUUAUUUUGAAGCACUGUCAGAUUAUGAUACUUAGUCAAAGUAUCAUAAUUCUGUUAUCUACCAAUUCUUUUUUUCCCCACAAGUUUAGCAGUUUUUUGCUGUUUGUUGGUUGCUUCUGUAAGGCAAAUAUCUCACUGUGUUUCAAACUUCUGCCACACAAAGGCAUCGCAGGCUGAAAUCCAGUGGUGAUCUGUCACGUCCUUGUCUCAUGGAAGUGAUCCAUCAGCUGCUCCGUUUGUCAAGGGCAUUGGAUGAGCCAAGUGAAAAUGAAAAAAGGAUUUUUCAACACUGGCAAGCUUCAGUGUUCACUGGCUGUAACUGGGAAUUGGAUAUCCUCGAUUUAUUAUUCUUGAUGGAUCUGAUGUCUGCAAGUGUUUCCUCCUGUCAAAUAAUUUUGUUAGAUUUUAUUGAUAGAAUGGGAUGAUCUCUUCUCCCUGCUUUUUGACUGCAACUCUUCUUUUUUGAUAGUGUUUGCAAGGAAUAAAUUCUUCUUUCUUCUCUCUUAUUUUUUAAAAGGACAAUUUAUAUCUAAGGCAUAAUUCUAAUCUCAAAUGCUGGUUUUCUUAAAUAAGUUGGUCUCACUCUUUUUUUCUGUGUUGGGAGCAAUAUUUUCUUUUCAUAACAGUACUUAUGUUUUCAGUGAUGAAAUCUCAGCAAAUUAUCUUCCUCUUUAAAAACUGAAAGAUUUUCUGGCAUUCAUAAAACCCAGUUUAUGAAACUGUCUAGUGUCUUUGGGUUUUAUCCUAAAUUGAACAUAGUUAUAUUUUGAAUCUUUGGUAUAUCUUAGUACACUCAUACUCAAUCUGGUGUCAAAAUAGAAAUUGAUUUCCAAAAUAGCUUUCAACUUCAGUUAAAAACAGACUUUUCCCCUUAAUAAGGGCCUGUAACUGCCAUGAUGAUACUGAUGCCCUAAAGAACCCAGCGAGGGAACAACACACUUUGGAGGUAAUGUUAGUACAGGUAUUAUAAAGGCUGGUCUCUAUCGGGGCCUCCAGGGGCAGACACCCACAAAAUGCCCACACCCCUCCCACAGGCUGAAUACAGUUUUAUAAAUUUAGCAAAUUAGCAUAAUUUACCAAAAUAACCAAUUAGAGACAUAAGUGGUGAGGCAAUUUCUCCCAGUUCAACCCUCUCUGAAUCCUGCUCCCCCUCCCCUUAGAUGGGAACUAAGCCGUGUUUAUAUAAAUACAUCUCGAAGGGCUGGUCCCAGCCUUGGUUCCUAGGGAGAGCCAAGACAGGAUGGGGGCUUUGGAAUGAGUUUUGUCCUUCUGUCAGGGCAGGGAACUGUCCUGGGGAAACUAGAAUACAAUAACAGGCUGAAGAACUACAAAUAGAUGUGUAAAGAAUACACAAAAUAUAUAUAAAAGGAAAAAGGUAAAAAUAAGUUUGGCAUCAUUCCCGCCUGUUUUUUAGAGACUAACAAGACUCUGUCUAGUCUCUACUCCAUAUUUAACCAGACCCCUGUAUCAUACAGCCAGCUAUUAUUUCAAGAAUAACUACAGAUAUAAGUAGUAUGAACAGUUGCUUUUAUCCAGGCCCAGUUCCAUAACCAUGAGGUCAGAAUGUCAAAGAUUAUCUCAAAGUUCAAUGUGCCUUUUUAAAGCCACUUGAUGUAGAAUUUGAGUUUGUUUUCAAAUUUCAACCAAAUCCUUAAUAAUUCUUUCACUCUGAUCUACAUGAGAACAACCACCAGUGUUAAUGAUUUUGCAGCUAGUAGGCAAUUUAGAGUCAUUCUGUUUUGUAAAACUAUACCAGACAAAUCAUGGACUUCUUCUUGUGGGGCCAAAAUUGCAUCUGAAAUUUGCUUUUCAAUAUAUUCAAUAAUCCUUACUGUGAUCAAAUAUUACAUUUGGAAGUACAGCCCCAUGGGCACAGGCCCAGUCUUUAUCUAGGGACAAAAUUUACCAGACAGCAUUUUCACAUAUUCAAUACCACCCUGGCAAGUUGUUCUUAUGAAGAGCUUUGGAUACAUUUUGGACUAAAGCUGCAUGCAAAUUUUGGGACCAAAUCUGCACCAUGGUUACCAACUGUGCAUUGAACAUGCACAGAAGAAUAAUUUAAAUAACAAUGUCCUGAUUUGUAUCGGUUUCUGUUUUCCAGUUGUUCCAGGAGAGAGGUCUCUUAAUUGGGAGCAGUGAAUUCAGGGUUCCCUGCCAGCAGCCCUGGCUUGAGUGGGAGUAGUCAGGGCUUUGAAUGGUCCUCUCCACUUAGCUUGGAGGGUAACUGUCCCACCAUUUCACACAGACCCAGCCUCCAGACUGGAGCAGGGCACAUGUGUCCAGUCCUGUUGGGCUGGGUAAGCACGAUGAAUCUCUGGACCUUCUGCAAAGUGGAACUUAAAGCUAACCUUAGCCCCAAAUAAUAAAAACAUUUGGCACCAAUACAAACAUCUCUUAUUUUAUGUCUCAUGGAAGUUACAAGGACUUCUAAACUUUUUUAUUUUUAUGCAUACCAGACACUUUAACCUGUGUUAAUGCUUUUUCCAUCUGGCUAUUUCUGAAAGCUCCAGCGAAAAGCAAGCGAAGACACCAAGGAAAUGAAAGGUGCCUUGCUGUGAUGUUUUUCUAGAGUGGUACAUUGCUCUGAUAAUGAGCUGUGAAAUGUAGCAUGUGGAUGAUGAUGAAUGUAAAAAUUGCAUGUCUUUUUAUGUGAAUGUUGUCUCCCUGAGAUGGGUUGUUAGUAUGAGCUCUGUAGUGUAAAAAUUCUGAGAAGGGAAGUGGAAAGAAGAUGCUUCUAGCGGGUUUUGCAGUGAGCCACACCCCCUUUGACUGCUUUUCCCUCUCAGACUCAGAUUUGGUAGCAUGGCCCUUACCAUUAGGAUAGUAAUAAACAAACUGCUCUUUUCCUAAAGUUAAAUCAUCUUCUUUCCAGCACUGGGAGGGACAAUCUGUUUGUAUUUCCAGCACAUCCUAUUUGUUCCCAGGUGCGGGCUCACGGGGCUGCACUGGCUGGGAGAUCAGUCAGGCUCACUGGUGAUGCCACUGCACAUGGCACUUCCUGCCCUCAGCCCACAUCCUGCAUCCAAAGUGUGCCUGUGCCAGGAGAUAACUCACUGUGGUUUGUUACAUUUUGCUGCUUAUGGCUAGAAGCUGCAGUGCAAACUAAAAUUCCCUUCCACUUCCGGUAGGCACAGCCACUUGAAAGGAACUUGGGCAACUUGGGGCAGUUUUGUGCUCGACCAGAAUAGAAAUGGGCCAGGCCAAGGUUUUUCAAAAUUGAUCAUUUUGCAUUUACCUCAUGGAGGUGUUUAGGAGAAGUGAGUGGUUUCACAGGGCACCAGUAUAUGUUGGAGUUGCAGCCAUUCUGAAGAUGGGCCCUGCCAGGGGACCAGGGAAUAUCACGGGGUUAUCCCAAGUCCCUGGUGUUUGACCUUGGAAACAGACUAGGUUAUCUGAAGGCAAGCAGCCCAGGAAGCACUGCUGAAAGCCUCUGUUGGCUUCUCCCUGUAGCUGCAAGGUGCUGGCUGUCACCUUCCCUGAGCUACCAUCUGACAGCUCAGACCUCCUGCUCUGUGGCUGGCUCUGACUGUGAGAAGGGGCAGGGGCAGUGCUCAGGGCAGUGGUGCUUGGAUCCGUGGUGCCACCAAAACUUCAACGGGUGCUGGCAAGGAGCUCAGUGUUGGGAUAAAACCAGCUGGUUUGGGAUCAGUCUGUGCUUUACAGGACUGCUGGCAUGCAAAGCCCUGGCAGGACAGACACAAGGUUUCUCCUGGCUCCUCAGGGAUGGGGCACAGUUGCCAUUUUUGCUCUCUCACACAAUAUUCCCAAAGGAGCCGUGUGAUGUGGGAUGUCAGUGUUAGCUGUUAAAUUCUAGUACUUUCAUUUGCAUUCCUUCUUCUCUUGCCCAGUUUAUUGAAAAAAUGUGAUGGUACGUGGUAGUUCGAUGUCUUGAGGUGAUUUUAAAGUAGUUAAGCAAACCAUUAUGCCCCUGAGAUUGCAUAAUUCCAUGGAUUUGUUUUACCUCCAGUGCCCAGCAUGUAAUAUUUAUUUCUCAUUUCUGAUGUGUGUAAGCUUUACAGGCUGGAUAUCGUGUCCAAAUGACAGGAGCACUUGGGUGAACAUCUCAAAUCACUGGUUUUUUUGGCAUGCUCAGGGGCAAAGGUACUUGUGUGGAGUGUGUUAAACAUCCUAAAGUGUGGUAUUGUUCUGAGUCUUGUGAUUAGGGCUUCGAUCUAAUUCACUCUCCAAUGUAGCAAAUGUUUGCUGUCAGCCAGCACUAUUCAAGGACUAAGGGAAUCUCUUUCUUUGCCCUGCAAUAAUGUAUUUUCUAUGAUUAUGUCAGUAGAAUUUGUUCAUUUUUCAAGUGCUGUGCAGUGCUUCUUUGAAGAAUGUCCCUUUUUCAGGUGGUUUCAUGGUGACUGUACCCCAAAAUGUCUAGAUGUCUCUUAAUAGCAAAAAUUGCUUUGUUAUUGAAUGUAUUAUUUAUUAACAGUAUCUUGUCUUUUUCUAGUUGCAUUUUACAAAAUGUGCCACAAGCAUCUUCUGUGAUUUUUUUAUAAGGAAAGUCUUAUUUAUAAUGUUUGUGCAAGUGGAUGGACACAAAUAAUGAUUUUAUAGUAGCCCAUGCCUUUUUUCAUAGCUGCAGAGUCUUAAUGAGCAUGAUCAGAAGGGACAGGCUCAUUGUUUCAUUUAAUUUUGAUGAAGGUUUUCAGAGUUAACUAUUAUGUUAUUCAUUAUUUGAAAUUCAUUAUCUUAACAAAUAAAUACCACCAUUUUAAGAAAUGAAAAGAGUAUUUGCAGGGCUUCUUUUUCUUCUCUGUUCCUCGCUCUCUAACCCCAUAUGUCCAAACAAUCAAGGUAAUUUCCUGUUCCUCUUUACAUUUUAAACCUCCCCACCUUAGCCCCCUUUAAAAACAGUGAGGAUAAAGGGGCAGAUGAUGCUGGCUACUGCAGGGGCAGCUGGAGCAAGAUUCCUCAGCCUGGUAGGUACCAAAAAGCAAACAUCUCUCCUUUCACUUUAUCGGAACCAUUAUCCAUAGCAAAGGUGGUCUCUUCUGAGGUAAGAGGGGAAGACAGCUUUCCUUUAGCUGUGAUGGUUCUUUUUCAAAAACCCAUGUUUCAAGAUGAGUUAGAGUCCAUUUAAGUUCCAGUUUAUUCAGGUGUGGGCAGAUAUAAAUUGCUGAAGCCAGUCAUGGAUAAUAUCCCAGUGAUUAUGUUUAUGCUAGAAAUCCUCAGAUUAUGCCUUAGCUUUCCUUGGCUCUGUCACACAUUCAUUUCCUUUUUCUAAAUGUGUGUUCCUAUACAGUGAUUUAAUGAGAGUUCCUCAUUCUUCUCAGUUUAUAUUUCCUUUUUUUUUAAUAUACUAUCUCUAUCAAGGUGACUUUCUAGACUACUUCCUGUUGCAAGGAGGGUCAAAUGUCAGCGAGGGCUCAGAAAAUGAGAACUCCCUGCCUCUGCCAACUCCUGCCAGGGGAGCUCUCCAUGUGUGGAAACUUCUGUGCAGGAUCUCUCUGUGGGUGCUUCCUUGUGGAGGCAAAUUGCCUUGGAAUGUGAGAAACCUGGUCAAAUAUCCAAGUCCUUGAAGGUAUAUUGCACUUAGAGCUGGUGAAGUGCGACUUGAAAGUGAUCUCUUGCAGGUUUUACUUCUGGAAGGGAAUCCUUCCUUAGUUGUACCACUAAUCCCAGGUACUUUUGUUUAGCCAUGUGCCUCUUCUUCCUAACCCUUUUAUCUUGGUACACUGAUAUUCAUUCCUUGUAGGAAGAUAUUCUGUGAAAAGGAAAAAUGUUGUCAGUAUCAGGGCCUUAGAAUUCCUUCUGUCUGGCUUUGACAGGAGAUGCUUGAAUGUCAUAGGGAAGGACAAGAGAAGCACAUCCAGAGCAGAGAAUUCUCUUGGUAUCUCGCUUCAAAUCCUCUUCCACCCAAAUUUCCAGCACACAGUGGCAUACCCAGCUUGGACAGCUUGGUGUGGCUGUUACUUUUUGACUUCUAAGUAUCUGUUUCACUGAUGUGCUUUUCCAGUUCAUCCCUUCAUGGCAUUUUAGCAGAAGUGCUGCACAUCUUCCAUUGUUUGAUCUGGGUGUCUGGUAGAAAAUACACUCCUAAAUGUGAAGGUCAGCUGGCAGAGACAGCUGCAGUGGUGUUGAUGAGGGUGAGUUAAUGGAGAUAUCCCCAUCUGGUGCAAUUUUGCCUAACUCUGUUGAGAGGUUUUGUGGAGUCGAUGCAUCAGGCACACCAGGAUCUAUCAGCUGGCUGUGCCAUUUUGCUUGAGCUUGUUCAGCCACAAGGAGGUUUCAGCCUCCAUCAGGCAGCAUGUGCUGUCUUCCUAAUGAGCACAGAAGUAGUGUGUAACAUGAGUAACAACUUCAAGAAGAAGACUUCCCAGUCCCAUGUGGGACUUGGCAUAAAAACCUUAAUUUGUGAUUUUCUGCUGCAGAUUUCCUCCUUACCCACUCAAAUUGAUCAACCACUUUAUGUCAAGCUGCUGCUGUUUGUCGACAAGGACCAAUUCUUUGCAGUUUCUCAAAUACUAAGGUAAAAUAUUCUUAAUGUACUUCCGAAAUUCUGGCAGAGAGAAUUGGAGACUGGAAAGAAACAAGCUGCCCUGCCCAGAAGUCCCUCCAGCUGAAAACUGGUCCCAGGUUACCGUGACAUUUUGUGUUGCCAUAUCUGCUUAGAGAAUAUUUCCAGUGUGCCACAGCCGUGAGGUAGUGCAUAUGUCCAUCUCAAUCAAACUGCUACUUCAUAAAAUAUCCUCCCGUACUGUCCUGCCAGGUGGCUAAUUAAACUUCCCAUCAUGUAGUGUGGCUUUUCCUCUAGCUAUCAAUGCAAGGCAAAGGCCUUGCUCUCCUCCAGACAGGACUCCCCAUUUACUCACUGCUUUGACGAAAGCCAUCCAGCAGCUGAGGUUAUUAUCCCUGUUGCUCUUCCCUGCACUCUUUUCUGGUCCUUCCUCUUUCUUUUUGAGAUAAAAGGCUUAGAAUUUCAUGGAAUCUCAAUUACAAGGUUUCUUUUCACUGUUUUCAGUGGUUGUCAAAUCAGGCCUUACUCAUCUCAGCUUUCAGCCUCUUCCCUGAGAACCUCAAGAUCUUCAAAUCUGGUGGGCUAAGCAGCUGAAAUUAAAAUUUAAAAGUAGAACAUUUUUGUAUUUUCUUUAAUUGCUCUAUUUAAUUUCUGUGUACACACAUAUGUGUGUGUACAUACAUAUGCAUAUAUCCUGGGGCUUGGUGAGAAGGCUUCAGAUAUCUGAAGUAGACUUCUUACUAAAGAGGGAUUUAAAUGCAACCUCUUUGGAUAUCUGGACAUUUUUAAGAAAGAAUGUUAGGACUCAGCUACUUUCCAUUAAAAGGUCUGCAUGGGUCCCUUGGUAAAGAACAAAAAGACCUAAUUUAAUUAUCUCAAAAGAUAAUGGGAGGUUGAAUCAUUCACUCUGGUCCAUUCUGCUACAGACUCCUCUUAUUUUGUAGGCAUUUAACAGGGGUGUGAUUGUAAUGUGGUUUAGAUCCUGUCCUUGUCUCAAAAAUUUUGAUCCAGUUCUCAAAAAGAUCACUGUAGUAUUUUCAAUAUUUUGAUUUUGGUUCAUCCACUUUGUAUUUUUCCUAUAUUAUGUACCCAUAAAUGAGAAAAAAAAACAGGUUUUUUUUAACCAGUACCAGCAAUGCAUAGAUCCUACAAAAUGUUUUUAAAAAAUCAAGUACCUGUAUAUACUGCCAAAGAAAAAGUCAAUACCGUGUAAAAAAAGAGAGAUUCUAGAUAAUUUUCAGGCAGGAUUUAUGCAUCAAUUUCUUAGAGCUUUGUAUUCACUCUUUAGGAUUACAAAUGGUGAUACUUGCAGAUCUACCAGGUGAAAUUAAUCUAUACCCAUGCUAUUAUGCAAAAAUAUUUCAUAAAACAUAGAGUACUUUCACAAAAAGGAAAUUUUUUUUUACUCUGUUAUGCAGGCUUACUACCAAAAAACAUUAUAGAUGAUGAGGCAAAGCUAUCCAGAAUCCCCGUUAUAAAAACUAUCUGCCAUGAUACUAAAAAUAAAAUACAACUGUGUAUGCUGAAUUAC